CCGCUCUCACGUACUCUGAAGCAAAAGCGAGAGAGCAACAGCUGGACUGAAGCCACGGGACUUAAACUCCGCUUCCUCAUUGCCAGCAGGCUUUGUUCUUUGGAAUCACUCAGAACUGGGGAGAACGUCUUCACUGCUGACUGCGAGUGGCUGGAAUUUUUGGCAACUCAGCUCUCUAUUAAUUUUUUCUGUGCUCUUCUGCAAGCUAGGCUGAAUUUAGAGCAGCAAAGCAAAGAGCCGGGAGUAGUCAAGAAAUAAAGAAUCCAGAGACGAUCAGCCAUCACCUUCUUUGUGGGGGUAGGGGUCCCUCUGUUCCACCACGAUGGUUCUGUGAAGGAAAAGAACUCCAGAACUCCCCUGACAUUCAAAUCCAUUCUGGAAGUGGAGGACUUCAUUCACUAAUUAUAGCAGAAGCCUUUGAAGACGAUACAGGACGCUAUAGUUGUCUGGCUUCAAAUUCCCUCGGUUCAGAUAGUACCUCAGCUGAAAUAUUCAUUGAAGGUGCCAGUUCCACAGAUUCAGAGAGUGAAAGUUUAAUUUUCAAAUCAAAAUCUGGAGCUAUGCCACAGGCCCAAAAGAAAACCACCUCUGUUUCCCUGACAAUAGGACCCUCUUCACCAAAGUCUGGAGUCACCACAGCUGUAAUUCAGCCCAUCUCUGUGCCCAGUCAGCAGGUCCAAAGCCCUACUUCAUACCUGCACCAUCUGGAUGGAUCUAAGCCUACCAAUUCCGCACUCAUUUUCACUAAGGAACUACAAAACUCCACAGCAUCUGAGGGGCAAGUAGUGGUAUUGGAAUGCAGGGUGAGAGGACCCCCUCCCAUUCAUGUUAAGUGGUUUCGACAGGGCAUUGAAAUUCAAGAUUCUCCAGACUUCAGAAUUCUCCAAAAAAAGCCACGAUCUGCAACUGAACCUGAAGAGAUAUGUACUCUCGUGAUUGCAGAAACUUUUCCUGAAGAUUCAGGACUUUUCACGUGCACAGCAACAAAUGAAUAUGGUUCAGUAACAAGCAGUGCACAACUAACUGUCUGCUCAGCCAACUCAGAAAACUCUACUCAUGAGUCACUGACAAGAAAAUCCAACAGUGAUGAUUUCCACCAUUUCUCACCGCUUCCUCCAGCUGAAUUCAGCUCUCUUGAGCUUUCUCCUAAGAAACACAUAGAGACCCACCAAACAAAUAACACUGAAUUGAGAUCUGGAGUGACAGCCCUUCAAUUAGAUCUCAGUUCAUCUGGGGAAAAAACAAAUGGGAUCCACCCCAUUCAUGGAGUAAAUGGAAUGAUUAACAGCAAGCCAAAUGGGGAUAAACCCAUCUCAUCUCCAGCUGUCUUGCUUUCACCUGCUAAGGAGCCACCACCUGUGCUUGCCAAACCAAAGCUGUGAGUAUUUGGCUUUGCUUUCUUUUCCUAUAAACUUGUUAUCCGUUGAAAGUAAAUUUUUGCCAGGAGUAAAUUAGUGUUAGGCAAAUAGUGGAAAAUGACUAAACCUUUUUCUUUAAUAAUCUCCUUAUUACUUCUUAUUGCUGUAACUUAUGUCCCAAAGAUCCAAGUAUAUAGUUUUUUUCAUAGCACUACAUGAAAGGGAAGUGCACUGUUGUGUACACCAAGUUCCAUAUGAAGUCUCUAAAACAGCAGUAAGUAUUGGUGUCUGUUGUUCUGCUCCUUUUCCCUAGUCACUGAGCCCAGAUCUCAUAGUGGCCUGAGAUUCUUGUAUGUUGUUCUUUUUUCAACGCUGUUUAGCCAUG